GGCGCUGAGAGAAGCGGCGGGGCGAGCCGGGGGCUCUAGUGAAGAGAGCUGCCGGACGGGGAUCGCUGGCGCCCGGCGAGCGGAGACGGCCCUGGCCCGGCGGUCUCCGACAUGUCACGAUGGCGGUGGCCGUGGUCGAACUAUGUGAAAGAGCGAGUCUGCCGCUACCUGCUGCACCACUACUUGGGUCACUUCUUCCAGGAGCACCUCAGCCUGGACCAGCUCAGCCUCGAUCUGUACAAGGGCAGCGUCGCCCUGCGGGACAUCCACCUGGAGAUCUGGUCUGUGAACGAGGUGCUGGAGUCCCUGGAGUCACCGCUGGAGCUGGUGGAGGGCUUCGUGGGCUCCAUCGAGGUGGCCGUGCCCUGGGCCGCACUGCUCACCGACCACUGCACCGUGCGCGUGGAGGGCCUCCAGCUCACUCUGCAGCCCCGCCAGGGCCCAGGCCUGGGGGCUGCUGACUUGCAGAGCUGGGCCUCGUGCAUGACCACGAGCCUGCAGCUGGCCCAGGAGUGCCUGCGGGAUGAGCCCUCCAAGCCCUCGGAGCCACCACAACCCCUGGAGGGGCUGGAGAUGUUUGCCCAGACCAUCGAGACUGUGCUUCGGAGGAUCAAGGUGACCCUACUGGACACAGUCGUGCGGGUAGAGCACGCACCCGGGGACGGGGAGCGUGGCGUGGCCGUGGAGGUCCACGUGCAAAGACUGGAGUACUGUGACGAGGCAGUGCGGGACCCAGGCCCGGCACCCCCUGUGGACGUGCACCAACCUCCCGCCUUCCUGCACAAGCUGCUGCAGCUGGCCGGCCUCAGUCUGCACCUGGAGGAGCUCUGCCCACAGGAAGAGUCCCCAGGGCCCCCCUUGCAGAUCGGCAGCUGCUCAGGGUACAUGGAGAUGAUGGUGAAGGUCAAGCAGAACAAGGCCUUUCCAGGCCCCAAACUGGAGGUCGUCGGACAGCUGGGCUCCCUGCACUUGCUCCUGACCCCACGGCAGCUCCAGCAGCUUCAGGGCCUGCUCAGCUCUCUGAAACUUGCAGACCCUGAGGCUGACAAGCUGAACAAGAGCCGCCCGCUGGAGGUUGAAGAUCUGUGGCUGAUCGAGCAGGACCUAAACCAGCAGCUUCAGGCGGGGGCUGGGGCCGAGCCCCUCAGCGCCGACCCCCUUGUCAACAUGGACAGCACCGACCUUUUCUUCUCCAUGGCCGGCCUCACGAGCAGUGUGACCUCUGUCCUCUCUGAGCUGUCCCUGUCCGACGUGGACCUGAGCUCCUCCAUGCACAGUGACAUGGCCUCUCGCCGGCUCUCUGCCCAUCCCCGCCUACCCAGCAAGGCGGCCCCCACGCCCCUUCCGGACACCCUGCGCCCUGACUCGCUGCUGAAGAUGACCCUGGGGGGUGUGACGCUGACCUUGCUUCAGACGUCCGCCCCGUCCACCGGAGUGCCUGACCUCGCCACCCGCUUUUUCGCCGAGUUUGAUGCCACUAAGGAUGGGCCCUUCGGCUCCCGCGACUUCCACCACCUUCGGCCGCGCUUCCAGAGGGCCUGUCCCUGUAGCCAUGUUCGGCUCACGGGCACCGCCGUGCAGCUGUCCUGGGAGCUGCGGACAGGCGACCGGGGCCGGCGCACCACAAGCACCGACGUACGCUUUGGGCACCUCGAGGUGCUGGAGUGCCUGUGGCCCAGGAGCGCCGCGGAGCCCGAGUACACAGAGGUCCUGGCUUUCCCCAGCAGCCCAGGCUCCCAGGCCUCGGCUCGGCCCUGUGCCCACUUGCGCCACACACAGACCCUGCGCCGAGUGCCCAAGAGCCGACCCCGGCGCGCAGCCUCCUGCCGUUGCCACUCGGAGCUGACCCUAGAGCUGGCCGACUUCCAGACAGACGUGGAGCUGGGGGCCCUGGACCGGCUCGUGGCCCUGCUGCGCCUGGCCACUGCCCCCCUCGAGCCCACGGGCUUGCUGGCGGAGCCCCUGCCGGCCACCGAGCAGCAGAUGGUGGUGCGGCUCGCUGCGCCUCGGGCCACACUGCGGCUGCGCUUCCCCAUCGCUGACCUGCGGCCCGAGCGGGACCCCUGGGCCGGCCGGGCUGUGCGGGCCGAGCAGCUGCGGCUGGAGCUGAGUGAGCCCCAGUUCCGGUCGGAGCUGAGCUUCGGGCCUGGUGCCCCGGCCCCCACCCGCCUGGAGCUCACCUGCUCCGACCUGCAUUGCACCUAUGAAGAUGGAGAAAAGCCACCUGUCCCCUGCAUGUGGGUUUCCAAAGCCCUGGAUCCCAAGGGUCCUGGGCCCAAGUACUUCCUGCCCCAGGUGGUGGUGACCCUGAACCCCCAGCUCAGCUGCGCACAGUGGGAGGUGGCGCUGGAGAAGAGAGAGGCACUGGAGCUGUCCAUGACCGAGAGUCCCUGCGAAUUGCAGGAGCCCGAGCCCUCGCCCUUCUCCUCCAAGAGGACCAUGUACGAGGCAGAGGAGAUGGUGAUUCCGGGAGACCCCGAGGAGAUGAGGACCUUCCAGAACCGGACCCUGGCCCUGUCCCGCUGCAGCCUGGAAGUGAUCCUGCCCAGUGCCCAUAUCUUCCUGCCCAGCAAGGAGGUCUACGAGAGCAUCUACAACAGGAUCAACAACGACCUGUUGAUGUGGGAGCCCGCAGACCUGUUCCCCACCCCUGGCCCCACCACCCACCCCGCUGGCUUCCCGGGCCCCUCCAGGUUCUGGCCUGAUGACUUCAAAAUGUGCAAGUCGGCCUUCAAGCUGGACUCCGACUCGGAGGAUGAGGACACCCGCUUCUUCUCGGCGGGCGCUCCGGGCGCCCCCCCCGCCCCCGCCCCCAAGCCGCUGAGCCCGCACACCCAGAGCACCUUCUCCAUGCUGGUGACCGUGCUGAGGGGCCGGGUCACCACCCUCUGCGAGGCCAAGGGCGAGGAUGGCAGGCGGCUGGAGGCCACUCACGGAGAGCUGGUGCUGGACAUGGAGCAUGGCACCCUCUUCAGCGUCUCCCAGUACCGCAGCCAGCCAGGGCUCGGGUACUUCUGUCUGGAAGCCGAGAAGGCAAAGCUCUACCACCGAGCGGCCGUGGAUGACUACCCACUGCCCACUCGCCUGGACCUGCCCACCUUCACCCCUCCGGCCCAGCUGGCCCUGACCAUCUACCCAUCGGAAGAAGGGGUGGCUGAGCGGGGCACCUUGGGCCGCCAGGGUGCCCACAUGCUGUCCUCCGCUGUGCGCAUCCACCUGGACCCCCACAGGAACGUCAAGGAGUUCCUGGUGACCCUGCGGCUGCACAGAGCCACCCUGCGUCACUACAUGGCCCUGCCUGAACAGAGCUGGCACUCCCAGCUCCUGGAGUUCCUGGACGUGUCAGAUGAUCCGGUGCUGGGCUACCUGCCCCCGACAGUCCUCACCGUGCUGCACACACACCUGUUCUCCUGCGCCGUGGACUACAGGUGCUCAGGCUGGGUGGGCCAGGGAGGGGGCACCAGCCCACGGGUGGGAGGAGCCCGCCCCAGCCAGAAUGUGCCCCACAGGCCCCUCUACCUCCCCGUGCGUGUCCUCCUCACCGCUGAGACCUUCACCGUCUCCAGCAACAUCGUCAUGGACACCUCCACCUUCCUGCUGAGGAAAGUGAAUUGGUUGCACCUUCCCGGAGAACAGUCGGAGCCUCCGACUCAGAACCCCCAAAGCGUUCACUCUCUCUGGUUCAUCCUCGACGACUCUGCCUUGUACCUGUCCAACAAGUGUGGGGCGGAGACUCUGGAUCUGCGGCGAGACUAUGUGUGUGUCUUGGACGUUGACCUCCUGGAGCUCGUGAUCAAAACCUGGAAAGGAAGCACUGAGGGCAAACUGAGCCAGCCGCUGUUCGAGCUGCGCUGCUCCAACAACGUGGUGCACGUGCACAGCUGUGCCGACUCCUGUGCCCUGCUGGUCAACCUGCUCCAGUACGUAAUGAGCGCGGGCGACCUGCACCCCCCACCCCGGCCCCCCAGCCCCACGGAGAUCGCCGGCCAGAAGGUACAGCUCUCCGAGAGCCCGGCCUCGCUGCCCCCAACCCCCCCGGUGGAGUCGGCCCUCAUCAACCAGCGGGACCUGACCGAUGCCCUCCUGGACACCGAGCGCCGCCUGCAGGAGCCGGGCCGGCCGUCAGGCAACCCCGAACCUCCAGCCUCUCCUGUGUCGGUCUACCUGUUCCCAGGUGAGGGGAGCGGGGCCCACCCCCCAGCCGAGGCUCCUGCUAGUGGCUUAGGGUCCCCGUCGGAGGACAAGGAAGAGGAAAAAGAAGAGGACAGGGAAGGGGACACUUUGGACAGCGAUGAGUUCUGCAUCCUUGACGCUCCUGGCCUGGGCAUCCUGCCCCGAGACGGGGAGCCCGUGGUGACGCAGCUGCACCCCGGCCCCAUCAUCGUGCAGGAGGGGCACUUUGCCCGGCCGCUGGGCAGCACAGAUCUGCUGCGGGCACCCGCCCACUUCCCAGUGCCCAGCACCCGCGUAGUGAUGCGCGAGGUCUCCCUCGUCUGGCACCUUUAUGGGGGCCGGGACUUCGGCCCUCUUCCCAGCCACAGGGCGAAAGGCCUCGCGGGCCCCAGGGGCUCCCCUUCCCGCUGCUCUGGCUCCAGCCGGCCCCAGAACUCAUGGCGCGCCCAGGGCGGCAGCGGGCGGCAGCACCACGUGCUCAUGGAGAUCCAGCUCAGCAAGGUGAGCUUCCAGCACGAGGUGUACCCCGAGGAGCCAGCCACGGGCACUGCGGCCCCCGGCCGGGAGCUGGAGGACCGGCCGCUGUCCCGCCAGGUGUUCGUCGUGCAGGAGCUCGAGGUCCGCGAUCGCCUGGCCUCGUCCCAGAUCAACAAGUUCCUGUACCUGCACACGAGCGAGCGGAUGCCACGGCGCGCCCACUCCAACAUGCUCACCAUCAAGGCGCUGCACGUGGCCCCUACGACCAACGUGGGCGGGCCCGAGUGCUGUCUCCGGGUCUCCCUGAUGCCCCUGCGGCUCAACGUGGACCAGGACGCCCUGUUCUUCCUCAAGGACUUCUUCACCAGCCUGGCGGCCGGCAUCAACCCCCUGCUCCCAGCAGAGACCUUGGCCAUGGCACACCCCGAAGCCCGAGUCCGGCCGGGCAGCCCCCAGGAAGAGCAACCCGAGGGUGCAGAGACGACAGGCUUUCAGGAGACCCCAGUUGGCAGACACAGCUCCUCUGCUGAGCAGCAGCCCAUCUACUUCAGAGAGUUCCGCUUCACGUCUGAGGUGCCCAUCUGGCUGGAUUACCACGGCAAGCACGUCACCACGGACCAGGUGGGCACCUUCGCCGGCCUCCUCAUCGGCCUGGCCCAGCUCAACUGCUCUGAGCUGAAACUGAAGAGGCUCUGCUGUCGGCACGGACUUUUGGGUGUGGACAAGGUGCUGGGCUACGCUCUCAACGAGUGGCUGCAGGACAUCCGCAAGAAUCAGUUGCCUGGGCUGCUGGGGGGCGUGGGCCCCAUGCACUCAGUCGUCCAGCUCUUCCAAGGGUUCCGGGACCUGCUGUGGCUGCCCAUCGAGCAGUACCGGAAGGAUGGACGCCUCAUGCGGGGCCUGCAGCGAGGGGCUGCAUCCUUCGGCUCGUCCACGGCCUCCGCCGCCCUGGAACUCAGCAACCGCCUGGUGCAGGCCAUCCAGGCCACGGCCGAGACGGUAUAUGACAUCCUGUCCCCGGCCGCGCCCAUCUCCCGCUCCCUGCAGGACAAGCGCUCGGCUCGGAGGCUGCGCAGGGGCCAGCAGCCGGCUGACCUCCGGGAGGGCGUGGCCAAGGCCUACGACACCGUGCGAGAGGGCAUCCUGGACACGGCUCAGACCAUCUGUGACGUGGCAUCGCGGGGUCACGAGCAGAAAGGGCUGACGGGCGCUGUGGGGGGCGUGAUCCGCCAGCUGCCCCCCACCGUGGUGAAGCCCCUCAUCCUGGCCACGGAGGCCACGUCCAACCUGCUCGGGGGGAUGCGCAACCAGAUCCUCCCCGAUGCCCACAAGGACCACGCGCUCAAGUGGCGCUCCGAGGAGGCCCAGGACUGAGCCCCGGGCGCCCGGGACCCAGGGGACACUGCCACCCCCCUCGCACCCUGCCCGGCAGCCCCACUGCCCCCAGGGAUGCUGCCAGCUCCUGCGCCUCCCGAGAAGCUGUGAUGGCGCCCAGCCGGCCCAGGCCUGUCCAGGGAGCACCUGGCCCGCCGAUCCCUGUGGGAGUGGACACCUCCCGGCCUUGGGGCCUUGGGCCCCGUUUCUGCACUUUUCCUCCAGGGAGAAAGGACACGGCCCUCACCGUCAGCUGGGCCACCUGCUGCCUUGUCCCAGGAUGGAGGCUUUCGGACCUUCGGGCUCUGGUCCCACUUAGCCAAGUGUCUCUCCAUGUCUGGGGGGAGGCGGGGAGCAGACACCAUACGGUUCGAUGUAUUAUUUUUAAGCUCCUCGAGCACGUGGCGCAGUGUCUGCAUGAAGUGGAAUAAACUGUGCCCACCGCC